AUGGAUGGCACCACAGUGGAGAUUGGUAGUUCAUCUGGGGCACGUGCCAAACGUGGCACACCCAACAAGAGCUGGAAAACUGAGUAUGAUGAUUUUCUCAUUCCUGUUCUUGUGGAACAGGUAAAGAAAGGCAUGAAAUGUGAUAAGACUUUCAAGAAACCAGCAUUUGUAUAUGCUGCAAGUGCUGUCAAUGCUAGGUUUAAGACAAAUUAUACAGCUUACAAUGUUGAGAAUCACUAUAGAACAUUGAAGGCACGAUUCUGUGAGAUAAAGAAAGCAAAAGGAUUAAGUGGUGCUGGUUGGAAUGAUGCAGAGAAGAUAAUCACCCUUUCCGCAGAAGUGUACAAAACAUACACAGAGGCUCAUCCAGCGGCAAUACCAUUUAUUAACAAGCCACUAAGCAACUAUGAUGGGUUAUGCAUUAUUUGUGGAGAUGAUAAUGCUACUGGAUCCUAUGCGACCUCUAUGUUUGCAAAUAUUGAAGAGAGAUUGGAAGAAGAAGACAUGGAGUUAGAAGGUGAGCCAAAUGAAAUACCUGUCAACAAUGAAGAUAAUAGUGACCAAAACAUAAGCCCACCAGUUCAUAGUAGCUCAUUACCUUCGACACCCAUUAGAACCCAACGAGGCACAAGAAGAGGUAAUGCUCAAGUCAAUGGUGCUUCUAUAGCAGACUUGAUACUUGCAGUUGAUAGAAUGGGAGCAGCAAUGGAAAAUCCUGCACUUAUGACAUCCAUGAUCUACAACAAGGUGUUCGAAGUUGAGGGAUUUGAGGAUAAUCAAUUGGAAGAGGUGUUUGACUACCUUGAUGCACAUGAGGGGGAAGGUCGGAGGUUUGUCCAGAAAAAACUUGAUAUGAGAAAAAGCUUGGAUCGAGAGAUUCCUUAG